AACUUGCAUUGAAUCAGGUGAAGCCCAUUCUGUCAGGUAGCUUGCACUUUCUCUGCUGCUGGAAAGAUGAAUGUCCUAUCUUUGAAUCUCUAUGCCAAUUAUUUUUGCUUUAAAACUUUAAAAAACUUUUUAAAAGUAUGAAAGAUGUAUCUAUUUCCUUCUGGUCCAAAGAAGAUUUUUUUUGUAUCCAGUAUCAGUAUGCAGGUGCACACAAAAAAUAGUCAGAUGCAUGAGGUUCCAUACUGAAUCCUCACUCUGACUCUUGAGUUACAUAAUUUUGUAUUCCAUUAUUUAAGAUGUACUGUGAUAUCUAUCAUACAUUUUUCACUAAUCCCACACAGGCUGUACUUAGCAGCUUGAAAUUUUCAUUCAUUCUGCUAUUUCUCUUUUUUUUUUCCAUUAGCAUUAUUAUGCAGUAACUUUCUUACCUUUAUGUAGUUUGUCUUUCUCUCUUGUGAGUGGGCUGUGUCCUCAAUAGGUAGUCACAUAAAUUGCAUCACCGGGGGAUCUAGCUCCUAGUAACCUUGUUAGACAGAGUGAAAAUGCCAUCUUUGAGACCUGUGCACUGUAGAAGGAUGAAGUAUAAUUUUAACUCUUCCAUUCAAAGCAAAGUCUGCAACCCUCACUCCUCACCAUUCCUCCCGCCACCUACACAGUCCUGCCUGAAACACCCUGGAGGACUCCAGGAAGAUGAAUAUCUCCUUCUCUUUUUGCUGCCCGAUUUGGAAAGAAAAAGCCAAUAAGUCAGGGUGUGUAUGAAAUGGCACUCUGUCAGUGGCACUCAUCAUUUGAUCCCAGAUUAUCUGCUCAUGUGGCAAAUGUUAAAUGUGCACGGUUCUUGUUAUGCCUCCCUGUGUCAUCCAUACUUUCCUUCUCUCCUCCCUGACCAAGUUAGGACUAGAGAUAACAUAGUCCAGAAAGAGUUUGCAUGUAUGGAAUUUCAUAACAGAGGUACAACUUAUUUUAGUUACAGUUCAUUAUAUGAACUGAUUAUAUACAAAUCAGAGUGCUUUUGAAGAAACCCUGAAGUUCAAGUUGCCCACAGCUAUCUGUAAUUACCUAUUGCAAAUAAGGGCUGUGUGGCACUCGUAAGGUAACUUACCAGCAGGCAGCAUGGAGAGGUUACAUAUGUGGGCAGUUUGUCAGUGAUGCUUGUGAAGCAGUGGCUUCAACCUCCUCUGUGCAUUAACAUGAAAAACUUGUAGACAUUCUUUGUAUGUUCAUCUAGCAAUAAGAAAAAAGUAAAAUACUUUGGAAAACUAAUAACUGAAGAAGCAGAUAAUCCUAUACUCCUAUAAAUAUACUCCUAUAUUUAAAGAUUAACAGCACAAAUUUACAUUAGUACAAAGUCUGAAUUAUUCUAUUCACUGUCAAUGUAUUGUACAGAGGAGCUGGCCCUGAACUGGAGACGUGUCUUUGGAGGGCUCGCAGAAUACAUGAAGCUCUCAAAAACAAUUUUGAUAACUUUCUUAUCUUGUUCCACUAUUGUGAAGUUGAUGGCUCUUUUCUAUUUUCCAGAAAAGAAAAGAUGGGGAAAAAAUUACCAUCUCUGGUUAUUUGUAUCAUUACACUUAUUUCUAGUCUCCAUGGAAACCGAUGUGCUGCUCCACAACCAUGUAACAUUUUGAUAUGUUGCAUAAAUCAGAUGGAGAGAUUAGGUUCUGCAUCUUGCCCAUUACUCAAUUAAAAAUGGCUUGCAAAUUUAACAUUUAGAGUAAGAAAGAAAGAAAUGAAGAUACACAAGAUAUUAUGACCUGAUCCCCCAUGUUUGUGCAUAUAACUCUGCCACACAGUUUGAUAGGCAUUAAUUUGGAAGAGUUCAUUGCUUUUAGUGGAGUUAUAUGUAUUAGUACUAUGGAAUCUGAGAGUAUAACAGUGAACAGUUAGUCAAACUGACUCUGACAAAGUUUUAAACUUGACAGACUUGAAGUAACAGUCCCCUCUUUGUAAUUUAUAUAAGCAAGGCUUUUUGAAAAUCAAGAACCUUAUGACUUUAUCUUUCUGUCUUCACUACUAAGGAAGAAAUACACAUCCAAAUUUGUUUCCUCUGAAAAAGUAUCUGCCUGCCUCUUUAAGAUUUCUAUUUCUUUACUCCAAGCUUUAUUAAUUGAAGGCACAUAAUCUUACUGAGACAACAGAAGGAAUACACAGAGAGAGCCUGAUCUUCUCUGACCAGAGCCAACCCAUGAGGAGUGAGUGCUCUCAGCCACAUACAAGUGAGUAAAUAUGUGCUAAUGGAAACGAUGUGACCUACUGGCACCUAUAAGUACUCUUACAUAGACAGCCAUGAUAAUAAAGUACAUACCCGUUAAUUGGAGAAUUUUCAAAGUAUUUUGCAUUUGAACAGUGAAAAUCAAGUAUGAGGGAAAAAAGGUGAAACGCAAUUGUGAUUUUUGCUAUUCACUAUAACCAAGCCACCAAAUUGUGUCAUUUUGAAUGUGUUUUGAAAUUAUUUACUUUGUUUGUUUCAGAAUACUGUGGAAAAAAUGUAUGCCAGUCGAGAGGAUAUUGGGUAUGAUUUUGGAGAUGACUCAAAAGCUGGAAGUAAGCCAAUUAAGCCUAAUCCAAACAUCGAUGGAGGAUGGGCUUGGAUGAUUGUAUUUUCCUCUUUCCUUGUGCACAUACUUAUCAUGGGGUCCCAAAUGGCCCUUGGAAUACUCAACAUGGAGUGGCUUGAAGAGUUUAAUCAAAGUCGUGGCUUAACAGCAUGGGUUAGCUCUCUUAGCAUGGGCAUUACACUUAUUGUAGGUCCUUUCAUUGGUUUAUUCGUUACCAUGUGUGGGUGCCGCAAAACAGCAAUAAUUGGAGGGAUAUUGAAUGCCCUAGGCUGGAUAUUGAGUGCCUAUGCCUCAAAUGUGCACUACCUCUUCCUUACAUUUGGAGUGACAGCCGGCAUCGGGAGUGGCAUGGUUUAUCUGCCUGCAGUGGUCAUGGUAGGACAAUAUUUUCAGAAGAGAAGAGCACUUGCACAAGGACUCAGUACCACAGGAACAGGGUUUGGAGCUUUCUUAAUGACAGCCUUGCUGAAGUACCUCUGCAGGGAGCUUGGGUGGAGAAAUGCCAUGUUCAUCCAGGGUGCAAUCUGCCUGAACCUUUGUGUCUGCGGGGCCCUUAUGAGACCACUUUCUCUCAAAGACGUGAAUGAAAAGUAUGUUGUAAGACGUAACAGUGAAGAUAAUCGGGCAAAAGCUCUGUCCCACUCUGCAGAGACUAUAAAAUCCAAUGGAGUCCUCAGUGAAGAACCAGAAAAAAAGGAAGUGAUAAAAAAUGAAGAAGUGCUUGAUAAUAUUAAGCACAUAGAAAUUGGAGGUAAAUCUCGGAUUGGAAAAAGCAUGUAUGGACUGCGCAUUCUUAAGACAGUGAGCCAGCUGACAAUUACAGUCAGGAAGGGCUUUGGAAUCUGGUACUCCAGUUACUUCGGAGCUGCAUCACUGUUCACCAACAGAGUAUUUGUGGCCUUUAUAAUCUGGGCUUUGUUUGCCUAUAGCAGUUUUGUCAUUCCCUUUAUUCAUCUUCCAGAGAUAGUCAAGCAGUACAAUUUAUCUAGUCAGAACAAUAUAUUUCCUCUGACGUCCAUUAUAGCAAUUGUUCAUAUUUUUGGUAAAGUGAUCCUUGGAAUCAUCUCUGAUCUCCCUUGCAUCAGCACUUGGAAUGUCUUCCUCAUGGCUAACUUCACCCUGGUCACCUGCAUUCUUACUUUGCCACUAAUGCAAACAUACAUUAGUUUGGCUGUGGUCUGUGCUCUAAUAGGAUUUUCUAGUGGCUACUUUUCUCUAAUGCCUGUUGUGACUGAAGAUUUGGUUGGAACUAAGCACCUUGCAAAUGCCUAUGGCAUCAUCAUUUGUGCCAAUGGAAUAUCUGCAUUGCUUGGACCACCCUUUGCAGGUUGGAUCUAUGACAUCACACAUAAAUAUGAUUUUUCUUUUUAUAUAUGCGGCUCGCUAUAUCUGGUGGGAAUAUUAUUUUUAUUUAUGCAACCUUAUAUUGGAAAGAAACAAUCACAAGAAAAAUCUACUGAAGAGGCACAAGUAUAGAAUGAAUUCCAGAUGUUUGGGUUUUUUUUACACAAUUUAUUUCUUUCCAUGUUUCUAUUGCAUGCAGUUUAAAGCUGUUUUUCUUAAGGAACCAACCACAUUGAGCUGUGCUUAAGUACUUAUGUGAAAGGAAAAUGUGCACCAAAAUUAUGAUAAUUCAUUAGAAAUAUGCUUUUAAAAUGACUUAAGAUCUUUCACUUCAGUACAAACAAAAGCACACUGGCAGUCUUAGAAUCGGAGCGAUGUUAGAAAUAUUUACUUUUGAUUCUCUUAACUUUUCAUCACUAACCUUUGGUGAAACUCCACUGACUGCAGUGCAGUCACUUCUGAUUUACACUAGUCCUGUAAGAUAGUUUUAUCGGGAUGCAAAUGAUUUAUAAAAAUCCGUCUACAGAGUAUCCUAUCUGAGUUAGAACAUAUAAGAAAAUGAUUGUAUUUCUUACCCAGCUCGUCAAGUACUGCUGAAAUGCUAGCACAACACUUCAAUGAGUUCAGUGUAUGAAAAUUCAAGAUUCUGUGAUGCAAAGCUGAAGAAAAAUAUUUAUGUUUUUCUGAAAGGGCUCUCUACUUGAAUCAUUUUUUAUUUUUAUUUUUAAUUAUCAAGUGCGUGAUAAAUUAGCCAUCCUCAAUAUGUGGGCUGUGUUAUACAUGCUCUGACACUUAAUGCACCUGAAGGAAAGCAAACAGAAAAGCAAAACCAGAAAACUGAUGGAAAAUACUGAUUUGAUUCUUCAACAGAAAUGAUAAGCAGCAAAAGCUGAUGAUCUCUUACACAGUUCCACAUGCAUGAGUUACCACAUUCAGAUAGACUGAUUUCUGAUUGCAGGUUCAACUUCUCCAGCAGUUACUCAUGAUUUGUGUUGAUGGAAUUGAGAACAGAAUAUGGAACCGUGUAUACAGUUUUCUAGUUCUGCUCACUGAAAUUCAGCUCUAUUAUUGUGGACAACAUCCAACACCCAAUCCAACAUCCAAGUUGGAUUUCACUGUAGCUGUGUUAACUGUCCUAGAGCUGCUGAUCAUACCUGUAUCAGGUAGAGAUACCCAACAUGAGAAGAAAAGCUUUCUGCAUUUAUAAAAACAGAAAUUUUUAUUUAUGCUUUGAAAAGUUAAACUUGAUCUGACUCUUGUCUGUAGUCUUUUACGAUGGAGAAAUAAUUUAUUUAAAUGAACAAUAGCCCCUUCAUUGUAAAACAAAACAAAACAAAACAAACCGGUAUACUUAAGGGAGCAAAUGCUAUUGUUAUGGUAUAUCCAGGUUCUUACAGGUUCUUAAGCCUGCCUUGUUGUUUGGGACCUCACAGUGAAAGCAUUGCACCACAGACUGGAAAAUAUUUCCAGAAACAGUUUGACCUUUCUGGCCGCUGUCUGUCUGGGACAAGUAAGCUGUACUAAAGAAAUAGAGCUGGGCAAAAGUGCCCAAAUACAGCGUAAGAAAGAACUGAACUACAGCAUGCUAAGUUUUAUUACAAUUAACUUCAGAAUAAAAACUGUAGAAUUAUGAACAGUUGUGUUGCUGCAUACGAGUACACCACCAACUGCCUAAGACUGGUCAUGUUUUAGAUGUUUACUCACUAGCAAAUUAGAUAACACAAAGCAUGGAAGAACUCCAGUCAAUUUAAAAUAUUGAAAUAAAUUUUCUUAAACAACAUUAAUGCAGAAUGUUUUGAAUAAUGUUACAUCAUGUAUCUCAGCUUUGACAGGUGAGCCUGAUGUUAGUUUUCCUGUAUGAAGUAAAUGUUUCUGUUUCUUUUUCCUACUUGCUUCAUGAAUGCUUUUUCACGACAAAUCAAGUUCUUGGUUUACUACUGAUACGUGCCACUUCAAUUCUCUACAAGCAAUCAACAUUUUUCAGUUGUAUUGAAGAAAUAUUUAAAAUAGUUUGUGAGGUGAAAACCUCAAGAAAACCCAAAACUACCUACAGAUUUAGAUCAGUUCAUUGAUGUAAUAUGUAUGGCCUUUAAAAUCCACAUUAAAACAACUGAGGUGGCAGUGAACUGCAACACGUGGCAUGAAUAAGCAGCCAGUUUAUUUCUUAAAGUCAGCUUCUUUUGCUGAAGGAAAUAUUCAUGUAAACUACUCCGACAUCAGUUCUUUAGUCACAGGUUUAAUGUCUUGGUGUAAAUGGCAUUGCUAACUUACUUUAGCUGAGCUUUCUUACAUUGGUGAAAUAUAUGUAUUAUAGUGAUGAUUUGCCUCAAUUUCCUUCUAUUUUUGAAAGAUAUAUAGUAAUUAUACUUAAAACCUCACUUUGCCUUUUGUUAAAAUCAACUUUAUUUGCGUAUUACUGUAAUGAAUAUGUUGUUCAUUUAUAUCUGCAAAUUACCUUCCUAAAGUCCUUAACGAGCCAUAUAAUGGGAAUAAACAUUUAAUACCCCAAAUUUUACUUUCUGUUCAUUUACUAGUUAGGUUCACUUCCUAAACUUAAAACUGA